AUGCCGGCCUACGAACUUCGCUCCGGCGGCGACGUCAAAAAUAAGAAGCAGAGCAUGGCAGAUCUUAAAUAUCGCCGCCUGACAGAAUUGAAUAGUCGACUGAAGGAGGACUUGGAUCGUCCUCGCGUCAAGGUCUCCGAAGCUGCUUUAUCACUCAUUAAUUACUGCAAUAAUACCCGCGACUUCAUGGUCCCUUCCGUUUGGGGUCAGGUUGAUAAAAAGGAGGACCCCUAUGCGCCUCAACAAUCCGGCGGCUGCUGUACCGUGAUGUAG